CCUGCUUUUAUUUUUCUUUCCAGACAGACACAGUUGAGCACAAAAACAAACUUGAACCAGACGAGCUCGGGGUCAACAACAGAGCUUUAUGUGCAGCAAAUGAAGGAACUGAAGAAUUUGUAGUGUGGAGAUUUGCUCUAACUAUAUCUGUGUCCGUUGUUACAAAGAGGGGAGGGCUGUGUUUAGAAAAAAAAACAGGAGCAUUUGGAAAUUAAGUUACGCGACAGUGAGUGCGCACUUUACGCACAGCGCGCACCGUGAAACUUUAUUAUGUUGGAUCACUUCGGCUUUGACAUUCUUCAUCUGUUGCAUUGUCUUUGUUGAUGUGAACGCUUUCAGACUCUCAGCACCAUGUGUCGUGAUUAAAAACUUUAAAUCUUGAAGAGGAUCCACUAAGACAGCAUGGGGGCCAAACAAAGCAGCCCAGUAUUUGAUGGCAGAACUCGGGCUUAUUCCAGCUCCGAUCUCCCGUCUGGAAACACCGGCGGAGGAGAGAGAAUUGCAGGGUUUAGAUACACAAACGGCCCCGACGGACCCCGGAUCCGGUACACGGGUGGAGGACCGGCCAGCUCCGGGCUCGGUAUACCGGCCGGCAGGUCGGGGUCACACGUUCUCAAUCAGAGUCUGGAUGGCACGGAUGGUGACGAUGAGGGCCAAACCCCCCCAGAGGGCCACAGGCUGCUCAUCGGGUCUUUACCGGCUCACCUGUCCCCUCACCUGCUGGGAGGUUUCCACUGUCCUGUGUGCGCCAAGUUUAUGGCUUCGGACGAGAUAGAAAAACACCUGCUCAAGUGCUUCAGUAAAACACGCCUUACCUACAACAAGGACAUCCUGUCCAGAGACUCUGGGGAAUGUGCCAUCUGUUUAGAGGAGCUGGAGCAGGGGGACACUAUUGCCAGGCUGCCUUGCCUCUGUAUCUACCAUAAAGGGUGUAUCGAUGAGUGGUUUGAGGUGAACCGCUCAUGUCCGGAGCAUCCCAGUGAUUAGGAACUGAAAGAGUACUAUGGUUGAACGUGUGCCCUGACCUCAUCCCAGCGCCAACACUGUCUGCUCCAGCUGAGCAGCAGCGCUCCUCAGGGAUUAUAAGACAUUAUUACUGUACAUUGUGUACAGGCUUUUUCAUAUUGCCUCACAGAACAGCAUUGGACUGCUGCCCUAGACUUGGGCUGUUCAAAGAACCACAAAAUAAGUGAAUGUUCCAAGUUGCGCCCCAUACUGGCCUCAACUCCCUUCAUGCAGUCUGGGAUCUUGCUGAGUCGUUUUGCUGAUCGGGGUGUGUUCGUACCCAACAUGGUGCAAAGGAUAACAUUUGUUUUCAGACAGACAUGAUCAGAAGGCUGAAGGCUGAUGCCGUGCAAUGUGAAAAACAGUCAUACAAAAUAAAAUACAGUAUGUCUGUAUCAGCUUUAAGGAAUGAUUACAGUGUUGAUGUUAGAAUACUUUGACUGCAGAUUGGUUCUCAAUAAAGUUUUUUAAACAAUCAUGUCAUGCGUAGGCCAAAUAGUCUAAUUUAAAAUACUUAAUCACUUUGCUAUUUAGAACCACUGUAAUUUGAUUGUGUAGUUGAGAGAAAAUUAAGGAUAUGCUAAGACAUCUGGUAAUGAUUUAUUUGCUCUCUAAGGAGUGCCAUAAUAUGCUGCUAUGUCAUAGACUGGAAAGUUUUCCUAUAACCUUUGAGCCUUUGUACAUUGUACUUUCUAUUUGUACUGUAAUGAAUUGCACAAUAAAUGUUUUGUCUUUGUGUGUUGUUUCUGCA